AUGACUAUACUCCAUACUCUACAAGCACCUUUUGGUGUAGUAGAUAUGGGGUCCAAUGGUAUUCGAUUUGGCAUUGUUACUGCACUCGCAAGACAUUUGCCCGUUGCUUAUGAAGAGCGUGCUCCUAUUUCUUUACUGGAAGCUCAAGACGACCAACAUUUUAUUCCCACUGAAACAAUAGACCAAGUCAUCACUAGCUUAUUGCGAUUCAAAACGGUCUGCCAACAUGAAGGUGUAGAUCCUACCAACGUCAAAGUGAUUGCGACUGAAGCAACUCGUAUAGCAACCAAUUCGAAAAAUUUUUUGUCUAGAAUACAGAAAGCCACUGGAUGGCAGGUCGAUAUCUUACCAAAAGAACAAGAAGCCUUAAUUUCUUCUAUGGGCAUUGUUGGAUCAUUUUAUCGAGUGAAUGGAUUAACAAUGGAUUUGGGAGGUGGAUCUGUUGAAUUGAGUUAUGUGACAUCCAACCAUACAUCUUCACCACUGGCAGAAAGACCUAGAAAACGAUUAAAGACAAGUGCAAGUCCUGUAUCACUUCCUUAUGGAGCAGCUAUCAUGAGAAAUCGAUUGUCAGCAUGCUCAGAUAAGAAACAAAAAAAGAAGUUAUUAAAAGAGAUUGUUGAGCAAGUUCAAUUCGCAAAAGAUACUGCAAAUAUUCCAGGUCAUUUAAAGAAGCAUGAUGGGUAUACCCUUUACAUGAGUGGAGGUGGAUUCCGAGCAUUAGGCUAUUUGUCCAUGGCAUUAUCUGGUAAAAAGUCAGUCUAUCCUAUCCCUAUCAUUAGUGGCUACAGUAUCACUGGAGAACAACUUGAAACACUCGUAGACAAAUUCAAAAAUCGAGAUCCAGAUCAAUUAGUCAGUGAACUUAAAGUGUUCCGUAUCUCAAAACGUCGUACUCGUAUGCUUCCUGCUAUCUGUUUCUUGGUCUCAGGUAUUCUAAAAGUGAUCAAGAUCAAACAAGUCUAUUUCAGUGAAGGAGGUGUGAGACAAGGUGUUUGUUAUCAUAUGUUAUCUGAGAUAGAGCAAUCCAAAGAUCCUUUAUUAGAAGGAGUAAAGGCAUAUGUAUCGCCCUUGCCACACGCGUUAUCCCCUCAAGAAUUUGAUGCCUUUUUACAGGUCUUAAGAGACGCUAUUCCACCACUCUAUCUUUCGCCAGAUCAUCCUCUUCAACUACAUCGCCUGCUACCAGCUGCAGUUCAUCUUGGUAACUUGACUACCCAUUACCCUAAAGAAACAAGAGCCUUUGUUGCUUUUCAUAUGCCUCUUGCAAGUGGUCCUCUUGCAAAUGUUCCUGGUUUACUUCAUGCUGAAAGAGCUAUCUUAGCCUUAAUUUUAGCUUACCGUCAAGGAGGAGAGGUGCCUGAUCCAGCGUUCCAUGCCAUUGAAAAAAUGGUUGGUAAGCAUGGCGUUGCUGUAUGUAGAUACGUAGGUAGAUUGAUGGAGAUUAUGUUUAUGAUAUCUCCUCGUCAGCCUGGUUUAGGCUUAAUUGAAAGUGGCAUCCAAUUUCGUUUGGUGCAUACUGAGUCAGAAGAUGAAGACUCGACUUCUUCACCUUUAACACCUACUUUUCAACAAUUUUAUAGUCCAUCUAAUCUGGAGAUUGUGAUGCCCAAGCAACCAAGUCCCAUGUUGGAAGCACCUGCUGUUAUGUCUGUGAUAGAAAGCAUGGAUAAAAAGAUCCAACCGAAAAAGUUUGAAUUGGAUCAAGAAGUACAAGGAUUAGAUGCGAAUAUCAAGUUGUUUUCAGUGUCUAUUGUACGGCCAUGA